AGACUCAGUAGUUACUACUAGGCAGUGGGCAGGUAGAAUCUUAUCUUUGCUAUUUAGUGCUUGCAAUUGAACGGCGUUUUCUUUGCUGUGCAAUUUUUAGGAUUCAGGCAGGUGAAUCUUUUUUGUUUUGUUUUGAAAUCCAUGAAUCGUCAUGCAAACCGUUGUGCAGCAGUUGCUGGAGGAAAGAUUAGGGAAUGGGAGUUUGUGGAGUCUCGUGCGACCUUGCUUAUUCUGCUGCAUGCUGUAUAUCGGUUCGUUGUUUGUUGCUUUCCUUCCGUUCUGUUUGUCUUUGGAUUUUUUCUGAUUUUUUUCUCCCUGGAAGUGAUGUGUAGAGAAUAGGGCCCCCCACAGUGUCAGCACGUAUUGACUAUUAAGUUCUUCUUGAACACAACCAAAGAAUAUUGGACGAAACGUCGAUAAACGGUUAAGGUGGAGGGGAGGUCUUCCUGGUUAAGGUGCAGGGGAGGUCUUCUUCUGACGUCGGUAUGGAGAGCGUGCAAGAACUAGAGAGCAAUCUCGAGGACUACAGGAAGAAACUACAGCAGGCGAACGAGUUGCUGGAGGGAGACCCGGGGAAUGAAGAACUGUUGGAGGCUGUGAAAGAUCUCCAAGAGGUGAUUGAGCUGACGGAGGACUUGCUGGCGAGUGCGAAAGCCGAGGAGCUGGCCGCAGCAAGUCUCGACGACCCUUUAAUGUACCAGGCUGUAGAGGCUACGGGACUGCCACCUCAGCCACCUGGCCAUGGAGAGGGGGUACAAAACUUGUCAGCGCUUGGAGCGAAGAAUUUUAUCCCUGGCGAAGCGGAACGCGCGGAUGGCAUUAGGCUGAGUCAGGCGGAGUCUGCUGCGGUGGCGAUGCCCUCCACUGGACCUAGUGCCGUCCCGGGAUGGUUACCCCCUGGCACUGCGGUGAAGGCUGUUUGGAGCGAAGAUGGUGAGUGGUACGACGCGAGGAUCGAAUCCGUAACAGCCACUGGGUAUAGUGUGGUGUACGAAGAGUUCGGCAACAGUGAAGAAGUUCCGUUUGCGAACGUGAAAUCGCGUAUUCCGAUUGCGGAAAACGUGUCGGGCGCACAGCAAGAGGUCGAGGAUGCAGAUGACGAUAUUGACAGCAUGGCAUGGGCAGAGAAAGAAGCCGAGGCCGGCCGGCAAGCGCUGAAAAGAAAGGUGGAGGCUGCGGCAGCUAUGGUGGACGACAUGCCGCGCAGCUUACCUGCAAAGCUAAGGAUACAUCCCGACGACAGUGAAGACGUCAAAGCUGCGAAGCGAAGGAAGCAACAUGCGUUCAAGUCGAAAGUGCGCUUGGAGAGACUGGAGGUCACGCAAAAUCAGCGCCAAAAUGCAUGGCAGCAGUUCCAAAGUGCGAGAGGAAAGCAAAGGCGGGUCGGUUUCUUCACUGGUAGGAAGAAGGAGAGUAUUUUCAAGUCGCCCGAUGAUGUCAAGGGAAAGGUUGGUGUCACAAACAGUGGACACGUAAUGACGGAGUUUGCGAGGAGAGAAAAACAUUUGCAUUUGAGAGUGGGGCAGGAUAGUGUAGAAGACUGAAGUUCUUUGUCUACAGUAGCGGGGAGGCGCAAGUUUGUAUGUACGAAGCCACCACCACGUGGCGGUCCCAGCAGACAGCCAUUUGGAGGAGCUCAGUCCAGCCAAGCCAACAGAGCAGGGGUAUGUAUAGACCAGUCGGUGGAAGGGGAUCCCGAAUACUGUGGUCGUUUGACAGCUGGUAGAGACUCGACCUGAGAACGGAGGAGAGUGCCAUCAGAAGCUUGAAUCGGUGUGAAACGUGAUGACGAGGGAGUCCUCGACAGGUUGGGAGAGUUGAGAGCAGAGGGUUUGUGAACCAACACACAGAUAUAUAAUAACAGAGUACAGGCGACUACAUUUGGGUAUAUUACAGGGCUAUCGUCCUUGAGAAGUGGGCUCGGAUGUUGACUAAGGACAUGGAGCAGAAAGGGGGCCGCAAUGCAUCGUACUUGAAUGACACUGGAAAUUUUCUUGAUCUUUUUCUCCUCUAGCGUGCACGGCGCGCUUGAUUGAUUCAUUCUUUGUUCGCAAAGCGGAAAAAGAAAGGUUGUAAACUUUGUUCGUUGUAAUUCAUCACUGGCAACCGUGUCGGUCUGUCUGUCUGUCUCUGUCACACAUACUAACACUUGCAGACACACACAAACUAGCACAUGUGCACUGACAUGGACACACUCACAAGUAUGUACGUCUUCACUGUGCACGCUGCUGUGCAGCAGGAUGCGUGUUUGUGGGGCUCUUAGGAAACA